ACAGUUGAACCAUCAAUUGUGUUCAUUUGUUAGAUCAGUGGAGUCGACAACGUCAAAUUACUUCCAAAUAAUAAAGUCAGUACCUACAACGGGUUACAACCACAACUGCGACUUGCGAUAGCAACAUUUAAAAGCUGUUUUCUCAGCCAACAUGAAGUUUUCAAAGCUGAGUUACGGGAUCGGGGCAACUGUGCUGGCAGCAUUUGUGUAUUUGCUCUACCAAAGCCAUACCGGUACAGAGCCACAUACUGCUGGGGACAUUUACAUGCAAGCUCCCCCAGCCAAUCAAAAAGCCCGGAUUCUCCAGGGCUCGUUUUCAGCUGAACGUCGUUCUGCUGUCCAUGAGCAGAGUUUUCAACCGAUGGUGAUCCCCCGUGUGAGGAACGCAUCUUUUGACUAUAAGGCCGCCAUGGAGAAGCUUAACGAGGCGAAGGUCAGUCAAGACGACCCGAGAUUGAUUCAGCUCAUUCGGGACUACUACAUCGAGCCGCCGUCUGUAGAGGCAUAUCAUCUGGACAGCCCGGACCGUCUGGAGUUUUCAAACGGGCAGACGCCUUUCAUCGACAGCAGGCUAAACUAUAUGGAAGGAGGUUUCUAUGUUGAAUGUGGAGCUUUGAAUGGGGAAAAGGGGUCAAAUACUCUGUUCUUCGAAAAAGUCCGCAAGUGGAAUGGACUGCUGGUGGAGGCUGAUCCGUCUAACUACCAGGCCCUGAAGUCCAAACAUCGAAAGGCUUUCACUGUCAAUGCCUGCUUAAGUCCACAGCCCUAUCCUGCCAUGGUGACGUUCAAUAAAGCAUUCAACCGUGGUCGUGUUGUAGACAACAACGAGGCAAAAGACUGGAUCCAUCAACAAGGGAUCUCGAAGGACGAAGUCUCCGUCCAGUGCUUCCCUUUGUACUCCCUGCUUCUGGCGCUGAACCAGCUCACGGUGGACUUCUUCAGCCUAGACGUUGAGGGUGACGAACUUCGCGUUCUUAAGACGAUCCCUUUUGAUAAGGUGGACAUAAAAAUGAUGACGGUCGAGUACGUACAUCAGGUGGGAAAAGACGGGGACCUGAAGAGUUUUGUUGAGAAGAAGGGCUAUGAUAACAUGCUGCAGAUGUCCCGAUGGGACGGGGGUGUGAAUGAUGUUAUAUUUAGAAAGAAGGGUCUUCAGCAUUAGGACUUAGGGG